AAAACAGUCCGUUAAAAAAAGUAACGGAUUGCGCUUUUUCGUUAAAUUAACGGAUUAAUUCGUUACCAAAAAGCAGAAAAUUAACGGAGUAAAAUUAACUAUUUACGGAUUCUUUGAAAUUUCGUUAAUUCAACGGAUUAAAUAUUCAAAUCUGUUAAAAAUAUAUUUGAACUUUCAAUUAUAAAGGUUUCCAAAAGAAGUUAUGAAGUGCUACCUCUGUAGAUUAUAUUUUUCACCAUUUCGUGUCCUUUUUUCUCACUUUCGAAAUUUUCAUGGAUUGGCUUCGAGAGGUUCUGAAGUCAAAUGCACUUUUGAAAAAUGCAAUAGAUUCUUCAUAAGUUUCACAACGUUAAAAAAACACUAUAAAACCCAGCAUUCAACAAUAGUUCCUGAUGAGAUUAAAGCUUCAAGUUCAACUACAACUAAUAUUACUGAUGAAGAAAUAACAAUUGAAAGUCAAACUAAUCAUACAGAUGACAUUAUUGAGGUUGUCCAGAAUCCUACAUGCAUCAAUUUAGAAAUAUCAAUUAUGAAAUUUUUUUCAGAAUUAUCUGCAAAAGCUAACAUUACUUUGAGUAACUCACAAAUUAUAAUGGAAAAUAUGAUUGGAGUUAUUAAUGACAUAUCACUUUUUGGUUCACAACUACUUAAAGAUCUGAUAAUCCCGUUAAAUUUAGCGCAGGAUAAUACAAUUAUCAAUGAAGCUUUAAUGAAAAUGCUAAACAUUAGUAAUAUAACAAAUAACAUUGAUACAAUUUAUAAAAGAGAGAAGUGGUUAGUGGAUAAUGGUUUUUUUAUAAAACCAAUAGAAAUACCUCUUGGCGUGCGAUUAGAACAAAGAUUUUCAGCUGGUCUAAAGUCAAUGCAUUCUGUAACUGUAGAAGAUAAAUGCUAUUUUGUUCCAAUUGAUCAGAUUCUUGCCAAGAUUAUGGAGUCUGUUAUCGAAAAAAUUAUUUUUCCAGUGUGCAGUCCUAGUUCGAUUCCAACAAGAGUUAGAGAUUUCUUUGACACACGCAGAUUUCACAAUCAUCCUUUUCUCCAAAAAUUUCCAAAAACGUUUUUACUACAUUUUUUUAUUGAUGCAUUUGAAGUCACAAAUGUGUUAGGAAGUCACACGAUUGUCCAUAAACUUGAGGCUUUAUACAUGCAAGUUCGAAAUGUUUUGCCAGAAUAUCAGUCUAAGACAGACAGCAUUUAUUUGAUUGGACUGUGGUAUGCUUUAGAUGCACAUAUUACAAGCUACUCGUAUGACAAUGUUUUAAAAAAUGUUUUGUGUCAGCUUCAAGAAUUAGAAAGUGAGCAAGGGGUUCAAGUUAAAGUAAAUGGAAAGGAAAUAACUAUUCAUGCGAUAAUUGUCAUUUUUUAAGCAGAUAAUUUAGGAGCACAUUCUUUAUUUGGUUUUAUGGAAAGUUUUCGUGCAACAUAUUUUUGUCGUUUUUGUAAAUGUACUCAAACUGAAUUGCAAGAAACCUUUAGGUCAAUAGCUUUUGAAAAGCGAACAAAAGCUGACUACAAUCGGUGUAUAGUUGAAUCUCAACCAACUGAUUAUGAUCCUUCUAAAACUGGCAUAAAACAUGGUUGUUCUUUUAACUGUCUCAACUGGUUUCACUGUGUAGAACAAAGUGCUGUUGAUUGUAUGCAUGAUUUGCUGGAAGGGGUAGUGCCAUUAGAAAUAUGCCUAGUGUUACGGACUCUGACAGAGAAAAAAAUUAUAUCCAUUUUAGAUAUAAAUAAUGCUAUAAAUAAUUUUAAUUACUCCUUGGCAGACAAAAAUAGCAAACCACCAGAAAUAAAUCUUCAAAAUAUACGCAUUCAAGCUGCUGAAUCAUGGUGCCUAAUACGGAAUUUGCCUCUCAUGAUCGGAAAAUAUAUUCCAGAUGAAGAACCCCACUGGAAACUUUUAAUUCUGUUAUUACGUUGUUUAGAUAUUAUUUUUGCUCCAGCAAUUACAGAUGGUCUUAUUACUCAGCUUGAAUUUUUAAUUGAAGAGCAUCAUUGCUACUUUAAAUCAGUUUACCCAGAAAACAGGUUAAUCCCAAAGCAUCACUUUAUGCUGUAUUAUCCAGAGUGUAUGGCUAAGUUUGGACCUUUGAGUAGAUAUUGGUGUAUGCGAUUUGAGGCAAAACAUCGUUUUGCUAAAGAACUUUCUUCAGUUAUAUGUAACUUUAAAAACAUCUGUUACUCUGUCAUGCAUCGAUACCAAUUAAAACUUGCUAAUUGCUUAUUUAGUCGGUCAUUAUAUUCAGAUAUUAAACAGCUGGGUAAAUGUGAUAAAGUUAUUAUUGGAAAUUUGCAUGUGGAAAUCGGAAGCAUCAUAUGUGAAUCAUUAAACUUGAAUAUAUUUGAUGAAGUUUAUGUUUCUUGUUCGAUUACUUUUGGAUCAUAUCUAAUCAAAUUAGGUUGCAUUUUGUGUCAUGAUGUAGUAGAAGGUUAUCCACAAUUUGGAGAGCUGCUCUGUAUUGUUUAUAUUGCACCUAAAUCUUUUUUGGUGCUGAAUCCACUAGAAACAAUAAAUUUUAAUGAGCAUUUUUAUGCUUAUGUGGUACAAAGAAAUGAAAUUUUGUGUAAAAAUAUUGUUAUCAAUGCAGAUAGUUGUAAAGAUUAUCAUCCUUAUAACAUUACUAACUUAUGUGACCAAAUGUUUAUCGGCACACGUUACAGAAUUUUUUAAUUGUUAUUGUUAGCCAUUGUAAUUUUAUUAUUAAAUAAUUUCACCGCUUAUUAAGAAAAACUGCAUAUUGAUUACAUAGUAGUGCAUUAUAGCAAAACUCUUUUAGUUUGCUUUAAAUAUUUAUUAUAUGAAGAUGUUGUUUUUUAAUACUAUAUGCUACAGGGUCCCCACAGUCCAGGAGUUUGACUAGUGUCCUGGAAAGACCUGGCAUUUUUUCUUAAACAUUACUAACAAAUUAGAAAAUGGUCCUGAAAAGUCUUGGAAUAAGGUGUUGUUUUUUUUCUGUGGGAACCCUGUACUAUAACAUACUAUAAAAUUUAUAUAUAAAAUGAUUUUGAAUAUAUAUAUAUAUAGAAAUGAUUUUGAAAACAUUGAUAUCUGUUUUAGUUUAUAUCAUUUCUGACUGAUAUAUAUAGAAUGUCUCUUAUUUUGAAAAUAUGGUCUGUUGAUCAAUCCAAAAAAAAAAUAGUUUUGCUGAAGAAAGAUAAAGACUUCGUUACUAAGGUUGCCAGUAAAUUUGGUUUGUUGUCAGGAAAUGAUCUUAAAUUUGCAUUUCAAACCGAUGGAACAGAAAUUGAUGAUUUUGACUAAGAAGUGUUGAAACAUUUUUCUGAUAGCGGUACAACUAUUACAGUGCUUGUCAAUGAUGAGAAAUGGGUACCUAACAACUUGGCUGUGUUUACCCCUGAGGUUUGCAGUUCUGCAUAUAUUAAAGAGGACUGUUUUGAUACCAAUAAAGCAUUUGUCUUUACCGGCCAAACGAUAUUGAGUCAGGAUGAUACAUUUUCUUGUUCAAAUGUGUUAAAGGCUUACCU